AUGGGUCAAAAGGCGUCUACACCGAAUCGGCAGACGCAAGCUACCGAAAACGAUACGUGGAAAGAGUUCGAUUUUACCAGGAUUCCGGAGUGGGGGAAUGAGUACAAGAAUGUCGCUUCGCCAGUCUACGAAGCAAAAGCCCUCCUCGAAGAAGCUUAUACAAUAUUUCGAUCAGAAGGCAUGCUUGGAAAGACAAAAUAUGGCUCUCUUUGCAAAAGGUCAUAUUCCAUCCGUGAGAAACUGGGUAUAUUAAUUAUAAGAAACUUUCCAAGGAUACGUCCUGAGGAUGAAGAAGUGUAUCGAAAGAUAAAGUUUUGGGGUUCUUUGUUGAGUGAACCACUUAGCGAACUCCCCCAAAUGUUGUACCGGAAGACUUGA